AUGGGCGCCAACACGGCGGUCGAGGAGGCUCUGUAUGCGCCAGGCCACAAGCGGGGCAGCCGUAAGGAGAAGCAGCAGCGCGCGCAGGAGCUUAUGGCGGCCACUGGCUACCAGCCGGCGGUCACCGACUACGAAGGCCUCAAGGCCCUGGCGAAGGCCUCCACGGGCGGCGGCGCCACCAACCGCGGCGCCUGCAAGGUCUGCGGCGGCCUCGGGCACCUCACGAAGCAGUGCCGCAACCUCGCUGCGGCAGCGGCGGCCGCGGAGGGCAGGGAGGACUCCCUGGCGGCGCGCGGGGCGCUGCCGCUGCUGACCGAGGCGGAUGAUGCGGACGCGCUGGAGCUGCUAUCCAGCGGGGGCGUAUCAGGGUCGAGCAGCGGGUCGGACGGCAGCGACAGCGACGGCAGCGGCAAGAAGCGCAAGCGACACAGCUCCAGCAAAGAGCAGAAGAGCAAGAGGUCCAAGAAGGAGAAGAAAGACAAGCGGGAGAAGAAGGAGAAGAGGCGGAAGGACAAGGACAAGAAGCGGUCGCGCAGGAGCCGAUCCCCCUGA